GACGAACAAGAUUAUGACUUUGGAUUCGAAAAUUUUACCGAAGGACCGAACAGACUCGGGUGGAUGGUUACAUAUGCACCUGUUACCAUAUCAGACAGUGAAACUGGCGCAGAAGUGAGUGGUGUUGAUUAUUACUUCAUCCAGCAAGAUGGCUCAAAGUUCAAGGUUUUGUUCAAGUACAACCCCUACUUUUACAUUGCAACGGAGCCUGGAUUCGAAAGAGAAAUUGAAUCCGUUUUGCGCAGAAAGUAUGCAGAAGUCCUGGCUGAUGUUGUACACAAGCAAAUGUGGGACCUGGACAUGCCAAAUCACUUAGCUGGACUCAAACGGAAUAUGCUGCAAUUGAAGUUCAGAAAUGUGAAAGAUUUGGUUGAAGUGAGGAAGGAACUUUCGAGCAUGGUUCAGCGUAAUGUCGAGCGAAAGAAAGAGAAGGAGAAUGGCUCUGUAUCUUUCGAUGGUCAAACAAAUCAUUUGUCCAACAGAUUGCAGGAAAGUGUUCUGGACAUGAUUAUUGACAUGCGAGAAUAUGAUGUGCCUUAUGUCAUGCGUGUUGCGAUUGAUCAUGAGUUUUUUGUUGGUCUGUGGUACGAGGUCCAAAUACAAGAGGGAGUCGUGGACAUCAUGCCGAGACCUAAUCUGACAGAGAAGUGGGGCAGAGCGGAACCCAGAGUUCUGGCAUUUGAUAUUGAAGUGACGAAAGAGCCUUUGAAAUUUCCAGAUUCAGAAAUUGAUACGAUUUACAUGAUUUCAUACAUGAUUGAUGGAGAGGGAUUUCUCAUUGUGAACAGGGAAAUUGUGACAGAAGACAUUGAUGAUUUUGACUAUACUCCCAAAAAAGAAUAUGAAGGGCCCUUUACCUGCUUCAACGUUCCGAACGAACUUGCAUUGUUAAAGCGGUUCAUUGAUCACAUAAAGGAGGUCAAGCCUCUGAUUUUUGUGACAUACAACGGAGAUUUUUUUGAUUUUCCGUUUGUGGACGCACGCAUGAAGAAGUAUGGACUGAAUAUGGAAGCUGAGAUUGGACUUCAAAAGCAGCAAAGUGAAGAAUACAGCAGCCGCUUUGCUUGUCAUCUCGAUGCUUUUCACUGGGUAAAUCGUGAUUCGUACCUCCCUCAGGGUAGCCGUGGCUUAAAAGCUGUUACGAAGCACAAACUUGGUUACGAUCCUAAAGAAAUAGAUCCUGAGGACAUGUUGCCUUUUGCACGGGAAAGGCCUCAAGAGAUGGCUUCGUACUCAGUAUCAGAUGCAGUGGCAACUUACUACUUGUACAUGCAGUACGUCCAUCCAUUCAUCUUUUCGCUUUGCAAUAUCAUUCCGAUGACACCUGGCGAUGUUCUUCGCAAAGGAUCUGGAACUCUUUGUGAGACACUGUUGCAGGUAGAAGCAUAUCGGGGCAAUAUUGUCUGUCCGAACAAGCACAAGGACGAUCCUAUGAAGAUGUACAAAGGACACUUGAUUGAAAGCGAGACAUACAUUGGUGGGCACGUUGAGGCAUUGAAUUCUGACGAAUUGAUUGCGAACAUGGAUCGUGACCUGCACUUUGCUAUUACUGUGGAAGGUGGCAAGAAAUUUGAAGAUAUCGAAGAUUAUGACGCUCAAAAGGAGAAGAUCGUGAAGAUGUUAGAAGCUCUCCGCGAAACACCACGUCGCGAAGAGAAUCCGUCCAUCUACCACUUGGAUGUUGCUGCCAUGUACCCGAAUAUCAUCCUCACAAACAGGCUGCAACCACCCGCCAUGGUCACUCCACAGACAUGUGCAAGUUGUGACUUUUACCAUCCAGAGAUGAAUUGUAGGCGAGAAAUGCAAUGGCAGUGGAGAGGAGAGAUUUUUCCAGCUACAAAGAAUGAGAUUCAUCAAGUGACAGGGCAAUUGAAGCACGACUCCGAAGAUUUUGAAGUCUCCUCGACUGAAGUCAGGAAAAGGGUCAAGGACUAUUGUAGCAAAGUUUACAAGCGCACCCACGAUACCCUUACUGAAGUGCGCACAGCAUACAUCUGCCAGAGAGAAAACAGUUUCUAUAUUGAUACGGUGCGGGCCUUUCGAGACAGGAGGUAUACGUACAAGGGACUGACAAAGUCCUGGGGUGGAAAAUUAAAAGAGGCAGAAAAGUCAGGAGAUCCAGCUGCAACCAAAGAGUGCAAGGGGUUUGUGGUCUUGUAUGACUCUCUGCAGCUUGCGCACAAAUGCAUCUUGAACUCUUUCUAUGGCUAUGUGAUGCGCCGAGGUGCACGUUGGUACUCGAUGGAAAUGGCAGGAGUGGUGACUCACAAGGGUGGUAAUAUCAUCCGAGUGGCUCGACAACUGGUUGAACGAAUUGGAAUUCCUCUGGAAUUGGAUACCGAUGGUAUUUGGUGUUGUCUCCCACAGUCUUUUCCAGACGGAAUCGAAUUCAAGGUGAAAGGCGAAAAGAAGCCUCUGGUCGUUUCUUAUCCCUGCUCUAUGUUGAAUGCGCAAACGCACCAUGACUGUGUCAAUCACCAAUACCACACACUCGUCGACGAGGAGAAGCAAAAAUACUCUGUCCACAGCGAAUGUUCAAUUCUAUUUGAGCUCGAUGGUCCAUACAAAGCCAUGAUUUUGCCCGCCGCAAAGGAAGAAGGAAAGAAAUUGAAAAAAAGGUAUGCGGUUUUCAAUUUUGACGGGUCUCUUGCGGAGCUUAAAGGCUUCGAGUUGAAGAGACGUGGAGAGCUCCAAUUGGUCAAGGUGUUUCAAUCGGAAGUAUUCAAGCGUUUCCUUGAUGGCACAGAUUUGAUUGAGUGCUACAACUCGGUCGCAGCAGUUGCGAAUCAAUGGCUUGAUGUGCUUGAUAACAAGGGAAUAGAUUUGGAAGAUGAAGAGUUGAUCGAUCUCAUCUCUGAGUCCUGCAACAUGAGCAAGUCGAUGGAGGCCUAUGGAGAGCGAAAGUCCAUGGCCAUCACAACUGCAAACAGAAUCGCAGAAUUUUUGGGAGGAGAUAUGAUCAAGGACAAAGGACUUGCUUGCAAAUAUGUUGUCUCCAGGAACCCAGAAGGGAGCCCUGUGACUGAACGUGCAAUUCCUGUGGAAAUUUUCAAGGCCGAACCCCGCAUCCAAAAUGCGUUUCUCAAAAAAUGGUGCAACACUAGCACAUUGGUCGAUUCUUCCAUAGACGUUCGAAGCAUCCUUGAUUGGCAGUAUUACAAAGAUCGGUUGGCGUCGUCUAUUCAGAAGAUCGUUACGAUUCCUGCAGCCAUGCAGAAUGUUGAGAAUCCAGUUGGCAGGGUACCACACCCGGAUUGGUUGCUGCGAAUUGUACGUGAACGAAAUGACCGCUUCAAGCAGCAGAAGAUUGGCAGCUUCUUCAAAGUUGACGAAAGUGGCUCCAGCAAAGUUUCAACCGAGCAGUCCAGCGCCAUGGAGCACCCUACAGUGAUGGACAUCGAGGGCACUGUUCAAAAGAGCAAUGGAGCAUUUCCGACUGUGGUGCGUCAUAAAGGCACCGGCAAGAAGGGGAAGAAGUGUCAACAGUCCAUGGAAGCUGAAAUUUUUUCUGAAGAAUCUGUGAAGAGGCAAGAAGAACUCCUCACAAAAAUCAAGACCGAAAAGAUUACAAUGGAGUCUGACUUUGAGACGUGGCAUUCAUAUAUGCGAACCUUGUGGCAUAUGCAAGUGUUACAAAGGAAGAGAAAGAGAUUAGAAGAAGGGGAAGGCUACAACCGAGAUCACAAGCUCCCUCGCAAGUUUGUCCCCGCAGGUGGCAUGACAGGCUUUUUCAAGAACCUUCACCACACCAUGCUGUCACGUUACUGGGAUAUCUUAAAGAUUUCGGAGACCAAGACUCCAGGAAUCUAUGACGUGUGGGCAAUCUUGGAAGAUGGCUCUAUGCAGAAGAUUGAGAUGGAAGUUCCGAGAAUUUUCUAUGUCAAUCAACGAUUUUCACCUGAGACAUCAUCGAAGUCAACAAAGAACAUCGUUUCGAGAAAAUUGCCGUUCGGCAAGAAGUGCUACAAUCUUGAAGAGGUGCAGUCUCAUGUUGAGUUUCGUACCUACUCUGAUCAUCAUGACCAGGUGACAAUGUCGGAGUACGAUUACCAAGAGCACUCGAAGACGAUCGCAACCGAGCACGAAGAUCCUACUGUGGAGGGACUUUAUGAAACUCAAGUCCCGCUCCUGUAUCGGGCCGUGAUGUCCAUCGGGUGUGUCACCUCAGUGAAUCGCAGGCCAGGUGGUUUCAGAGAAAGAGUAAUCAAAGGCCGCGAGAGGCCGGAGACUAUCUCCAUGUUGGACCUUAAGUUCGAGUCUACCACAGCCUGCCCGUACCUUCCCAACAGCAGAAUACGGAUGAGAAAGUCGUUUCUAUAUCAGAAUUUCAGCGACAAUGACGGUGGAGCAAGAGGCUUUGUUGCUUUACCUCCUUUGUCCCGAUUUUUGAAGGACUUGUGCCAAGAACAUGCCAACAUCCUAGAAGAGGAGUCGCCAGAACGCUUGGCGAUUGAAAGCUUAGCAAACAGAGAGAUUGAGUGUCACUCAUUCAAAACUUUUCAGUUUGAGAUAGAAAAUGUUUCAACUCAACAGGAGGCUUUCGCUGGCGUCAACGCCAUCCUCAAAGAGUUUUUGGAUGAAUCUCCGAGUGCGCCGACUGUGAUUCUAAAGCAAAGCAUGAAAAGCGUCGAGGAAAUCUGCCAAAUGGCGCCCAUCAUGAAUGAUCUUCCUGUCUUGGAAGUUCCAGCCUAUUCAACCGACAAUGAGUAUGAACCCCUGGGCUGGGAAACGAAAGCGGGAAAAGCUUUCAUAAAGAACCUCAUUGAAGUGGAUCGAUUCUUCGAGUACGUGUUGAAAUUUGCCAGGUAUUCCCACAUUCCCAUCUGCAACAUCUCCUCGAAUCACGCAGACAUGGCUACAACGGUGAGCGACAUCCUUUUCGGAAGGUUAUUGAAGAACAACAACUAUAUCCUAUGGGCUUCCCCUGGCUGCCGCCCUGAUGUUGGCAGCAGCGAAAUGCUCUAUGCCUUUGAAUGCGACGAGCUCAAGAAUCCAGAUGCCAACUUUCCAGGGUCAUUUCGGCAGUAUUGUGUUACAAUGGACUUGGAGCAUCUGCCUCUAACCGGUAUCAAGCUGAUCCCACUGAAAGCCUCACUUCUGACUUUCUAUCUCAGCAAUUCUCAUUCAGACGAUUUCAACGAAACUUUGUCUAUGCAAAUGGCCACGGGAAAUAUCCCUCUUGCCUGCACCUUGGUAGAUGAGACCACCUUCUGCUUGGAGCCCUUCAAGUUCAUCGCAUACAUGGCUGAGAGCUGGGUCAAUGACACAAUGAAGAAUUCCAAUCCUCACGCGGAUGUUCUGCAGAUGCACUUGUAUAAUUGGAUCAACAGUUCUAGCAGUCUGUUCUAUGCGCCUGCGAUGGUACGAUUCGUGCACAGGUUGAUGCGAAAGACGUAUCAGCUCCUCCUGGCAAGAAUCAGAUCGUUGGGAGCUGAAGUGAUUCAGGCACUUUUUCUCUCCUUCCAUCAGUUGAUUCUUAAUCUCAAGAAAACUCAAUUCGAGCAAGCACAGGAAUACUGCAAAUUCCUUGUCAGCGAAAUCAAUGAGGUUACCUGCUUUCAAUUCAUCCGAAUGGAUCCGCAGAUAUUUUGGGCGAGGCUGGUGUACAUGGAUAGAUACAAUUUUGCUGGACUGCAGGCAAUGCAAUCAAUACGAUCGUCUUGGGAAAUCGCGGACCACUUACCGAGGCGGCACCAGAAGUUGUUUCACGACAUGGUGCACGAGUACCUCUGCCUCCCGAUGAAGUACCGACUGUCGAACUUCGAGAAGAGCAGCUCAGAUGGUGAGACUCCUCAGACCUCUCAGAUCUUCUCGCAAGGGUUCACGCAGAAGAGACGGGCUCUUGGUGAGACCAUCAACCAUGAGAUUCGCAAGCGUCUCUUUGAGGAGAUGAGCAAGGAGAUCAACGGGAUGGGGGAGUAUCCCUACAGACCGGGCACUCACCUUGAAUUCGGCAGCCCGCAGCUUGAGCUUCUCAAACAUCUCUGCCACGUCUUCAGCUUAGACUCCGACAUCUCGUCGGAGGUGGCCUCCAUGAAACGUGGGCUUCUUAAACUUCUGCAGGUUCGAGAGUUCUCUGUGGAAGCUCAGUUCAAGAAUCCUGCUCGAUCCGUCAUCCUCCCUGAUCUCUUCUGCUCCUCUGUGCUGUGCUCGGCCUCGCGAGAUGUCGAUCUCUGCCGGGAACAGGAUUUCAUUGCUGCCGUUGUCAACGCGCAGGCUGGGCAAGGCGAUGGAGAGUUCCGUUGCCAUCAGUGCGACCUGCCCUACGAUCGCACUGCCAUCGAGUUUCGACUCGUUCAGACUGUCAGCCAGCUCACCACGAGCUACGCACAGCAGGAUCUGCGAUGCAACAAGUGCCAUCGCGCCGCCUCCCUGAUGAUGUCCGACUACUGCCAAUGCUCGGGCAAGUUCGAGCAUGCGCUGAAGCCCUCGGCGGUGACGGAGAGACUGGAAGCACUUCUUGGGGUGGCGAAAUUCUAUGGGUUCAAGUGGCUGGAGCAGGAGAUCAGCAACCACCUGGAGGUUGAGGCGGAGGAGUAGACUGUAUACACAUUACACGAGUGAGGUUGUAAACUUUAAUCUGACAUU